AUGAUUGUGUUAAAAUUUAUGAUAAGUAGUUUUGUGUUCUAUUGUGGUGUCUUUAUUUAUUCAAAUGCACAGAACAUAAUCAAUCAAGCGUUAUAUUUAGGAAAUCCAUCGGUAUUUAACACAACACGUGACGAUUGCGUUUGGAAGUUUGGCAAUGAAAGAGAUAUCUGCCCUGAUCCUGACAUCAAGCUUAUUAUGUACACAAGUUUUAAUGGGAAAAAUCAUGCGAAAGUGCUUUUUGACAUGAAUGAAGACUAUUGGCUUCGAAUGAGCAGUUGGAAUAAUACAAAGGAAAACAUAAUUCUUAUUCAUGGCUAUGCCAGUGGCGAUGACGUAUUGCCAAUGAGUGUUUUGCGUGAUGCCUACCUUAACAACGGCAACUAUAAUGUUUUUGUAAUUGAUUGGUCAGCACUUAGUCAGCCGCCUUGCUACAUUGCAGCUGUACAUAAUAUCAAAACUGUUGCUCAUUGUGUGGCUAAAGGUUUCACAAGCUUACGUAAUCAAGGAAUCAGUCCUGAAAAAACCACAUGUGUUGGACAUUCGUUAGGCAGUCAUAUAUGUGGACUUAUGGCAAAUUACUUGAAUUUCCGACUUGAAAGAAUCAUUGCACUAGAUCCUGCACGACCACUCAUUAGACCAGGCAAUCAAAAUCGAUUAGAUACUGGUGAUGCUCGAUCUGUUCAAGUAAUUCAUACAAAUGCUGGCUAUUAUGGAGAAGGUGGUAGAGUAGGGCAUAUCGAUUUUUGUGUCAACGGUGGGAGAAGGCAACCGUACUGCACAAGUACAACAAAUUCCAACCUUUGCUCUCAUAUCUGGUCAAUUUGUUAUAUGGCACAGUCAAUAUUCAGUAAUGAGGAAAUUAUAGCCGAGCCAUGUCUUCGCAAAUGUCCUAGCGGAGUUAAUUUAAAUCCAUCUUCACCGAAUCGCAUUGGCAAGAGCUUUCGUUAUGGCUAUGCUCUAAACUAUGGAAUUCCAAUGGGACAACAUACACCAAAAACUGCUACUGGUUCAUAUUGUGUUAAAGACACACGAGUACCAUUCUGUCCAUCAAAAGAAAAUGAUGUCGGGGACAAGAGAUGUUGUCUUGAUUCCCUCGAAUGGGGUGAUUUACUUCAAUGA